AUGAUUGACGAGGACAAAAACCGAUGGGUUGGCGAGCUUUACGGCCUUCUCAACCGCACCGAUGUCUUUACAGACUUUUCACAACUUUCAAGCAUCGGCUCCCACGUUUUAUCGUCCAGCGACAGGGUCAUUGGCCUCUGGAAUUUCUUGCGGCAGGUGAUCGUAGCGAAAGAGCUAGCAAUGCGACUACAGACCAUUGAGACUGCUGACAAUUACGCCGGCUUCACAUGGCGCACCCUGUCCUCGCUUAUUGUGUCCGAUCUUUGGCUGAGGCAUGUCGAUAUGGCGAUUGUGGACACGAGUGUUGACCUACACGGUAUAGAAAUCCCGGGCAAAAUCGCGAAAGCCGAGGCUGAAAGGUUCAACGAAAUGGGAGACCAGGCCAUGAGCCACCGAAAGUACCAAGAGGCAUUCGAUGCUUAUGGUCAGGCUAUCAAUGUAGAUCUAAGGAGCGCCAUUUAUCGCUGCAAGCGGUCAGAUGCGUCCCUAGCACAAGGAAACUACCCCGAGGCCGAGGAAGAUGCUCAUAUUGCUACGUUGCUAGACCCUAAAUAUUUGAAAGCCUGGUCAAGCCUAGGACUCGCGCUGCUGAAGCAGGGCCUCAGUCGUCGUGCGGAGACAGUCCACAAGAAAGCUCUUGAGGUUGCUGAUGGGGAUGCUGCCCCAGCAAUUCUCCAGAGACUGGCUGAUGCCAGGUCUCAUACCCAGCAGACCAUGUCUUAUAUUAACGAGGAACGAAGUCUGGAGCAAAAACACCGCCUGCAAUCGGAAUUCUUCGCCCAAGACUUUGAAACUCAGCGCAAAGAAGUCGAAUGGCACUCGCGCAUUCAUCAACAACAGAUGGAGGGCCUGUUGACUUUCGCUCAGCGGCUGAAAUGGCCGUACCUCGACGAGACUCAAGCUUACGCGAAGCAGGUCUACUCCAGCUUCCGUGAUAGCGGGUCUAUCAAUAUCCACAUGUGGGACUGGUUGUUUGGCCUCGUAUUUCCGGGCAAGUGGUUCGCUUUAAAGAUUAUGGCCGCCCUAGUUCAAUGCACGCCAAGCAUCAGUGAUAACUUGGGCGCCGCUCCGUUUUAUGAAUGCGGCCUCGCACUUCAAGAUAGGUCCUACUUGCGGAGUAGGACAGUCCUUGCUCGCGUGCUAGGUUGCUUGCCGGGUGUGGUAUCUCUUUGUGGCUGGAUAGGGCCGUGUCCAGCUCUGAUAUUCGAGGAACCCGUGGAUGAGAGCAAGCCACGGUACGUUCGGAUCAAAGCACUAGUUAAUUCGCCACUUGAGUCCAACCCGACUUUCAAAGGCAUCGCAUUAGUUGGACCAUCCGUACAGGAGGCGAGACUGAUGCAGAAGCAGCCCUGGGAAACGCUAGAGGGCUUCGUCAACGAUAUCAAAGAUCCCGGAAAGUGGACGUCGCCCGCCCCUCCCGCUCGUGACCAUUGUUCCUACAGGCUAAGAGAGGUCCGGGUCAGCAAGCUGCCAGCAGAUGCCAACGUCGGCGGCGUAGAUCGGUUGGACGCAGAGAGCCAGGCUGAAUAUCGAGCUAGCCUCUUAUUUGAAUUUAACAACAGCCAUCUCCUCAUCACUUACACGUUGUUCACCAAUCCGAUCUUUGUGACACUUCCACCCUGCCGAUCACAAGCCCUUCAUGGUACUCGUCCAGGUUUGCAUGGAUUCCACGAGAGGGAACUCCCGCUAUUCGAGGGGAAAAUAUGGUCCAUCGGGGAGCUGAAGGAUCACACGCCCGGCGAAGGGUUUGGAGGAGUUUCGGUUAUCAAUGCGACUGGGGAAGGCGCGGAGGUAAUUGCAAGAGCUUGGUGCUCGGAGAGAGGAAGAAACGCAACUAUCCGUCGUCCAGGCGGGCCUUGUUUUGCCUGUGCUCUUCGUGCAACAAACAAUAGUGGACUUAGGAUUGGGGUUCUGAUCUGGGUUGGGUGA